UGGAGCCUCAGACAAAAAUUUUCUGGCAACCCUGCGCUGAUCAUCGCGCUCUUUCUUUCCGCUUGAGACAUGUCCAUAGUGUAAAUCUUUAUCAAAAUGGAAAACGACCAAAAAGAAUUCGUUGACCUUUACUGGCCGAGGAAAUGUUCCUCAAGCAACCGAAUUAUUCAUGCUAAAGAUCAUGCAUCGAUUCAACUGACUCUUGCUGAUAUUGAUCCUACAACUGGACGUAUGACUGAUACCCACAAGAUGUAUGCUAUUUGUGGAGCAAUUCGUCGUAUGGGUGAAUCCGAUGACUGCAUUGUGCGAUUGGCCAAAAAAGAUGGAAUUAUUGCCAAGAAUUAUUAAUUUAUCUCAUACGUUCGAUAAGUUUUCAUAAAUGAAAAAAUAAACAUCAAAAAAAAAAAAAAAUACUUUCUUACUUUUCUCUUAUUUCAUUCCUUGUUAAAUAAAUAAUUUAAGAAACUAUACUUAUUUAUUAAUGUAAAUUAAUAUAUAUUAUACAUUGAACAGGUACAACAAUAUAAAUGAAAUCAAUUUAAUAUUC